CAACCACAAAAUGGAGCACACGAAAUAAAGUCCAUCAUUGUUCUUCGGUGCAUCGCUCUUAUUAUGCGGCAGUUCAUCCACUCAGCUAGCGCUGUUGUGCUGUACAGGGAUGCGAUCGAAACGCUCGACAUUCGUGAUCUACCGUACAAGCCAGCAAGAAAAUUGCUGGGGAGCUCUUUAAUCCGAACUCAAAAAACGGCUGUAAUUUCGUGUUCAAACUACACGAGUGCUGUGCCCGGUAUGCUGUAACGUGCCAUUUUUUGGGUUUUCACUCUGCGGUUCUUACGCUGUGCAUUCUGUCGCAUCAUGAUAUUUUUCGUGGAUUCCGCGAUUAUGCUUCUCCUUGUGCUGGUGGGCGCGGCAGUGCUGGAGGCUUACCGCGGUGACUCAGACGCGUACUACAUCCAGCCCAGCAUGCAGUUCGCUAGUCCUCGCUCCGCUCCCGUCUACAGUCACCAUCAGCAGCUCGUGCGAAAUCCUCCAAAAGUUCCGCAGAACGUACCGCACAUUCCUCCGUAUGAUGACAGUCCCGGAGCAGGAGACGGCCCAGUCCCCUGGAAAGGUCAGCACCAGCCAUUCUCCGCACCCACCACGAUAUCUCCCAGCCCCACCAUCGCAUCGUCUGUCUGCCGUGCCAGCACGCUGGUCCUCACCGAAACUAUCCAAAAAUGGAAGACCAGCCAGUGUCCGGCGGUAAGCAGUGCUCCGUGCGUGUCGGCAACACUCACGCUGACCACCACCAAAACUGUCUCCUUUUGCGUCAUACAGAAGCUUACGGUGUAUGAGGCGUUCCCAGGCGAAGAAGGCUCAACUGCAGUGCUUUUUACGGAGUCUGUAUAUUACUCCUGCGAGGCAGCAUCGAGCUUCCCAAUCGUGACCAGCACUACAGCGGACUCUCCCUGCUACACGCUAGUCGUCGUUGCCACGAGUACCAGAGCAGUCUCUUGCCUAUUUACCAACGAUCUCACGAUCUACGGGACUCACGUGACAACGGACAGUGAAGGAGAUCCGAGUUAUGCGCAGGGAGCCAGCAUGCAACCUGUCUACAAUGACCUUCGCUUCUUUUGUGUAGUGCUAAUGGACUAAACCUGAGAGGGCAGACAGAGUGUGCAGAGAGUAACAGCAUGGCCAUGGCAGGGCAUAUACUAUAGUACUGUACACGUACUGGCAUGGUACUGUACAUGUAGUUCACUGAUUAAAAAUCUGUGGAAUAAUACUUUUAAAAGUGUACAUUCUGUCUGUGGAAUAAUAUUUUUAAAAUUGUACAUUCUGUUUUGCCGGCAGAGAAAUAGA